UGGCAUUACUUUUAAUUUGUGUUUACCAAUUAAAUUUCUUACUUUUCCUUUCCUUUAAUUUUUUCAGUUUCAAUUCCUGUUUGGCAUUAUGGUUUGUGUGUGUGUGCUGCCGCUGUGCGUCCUGCGGUACGUCCAUCGCCUGGCUCUCGAAAAACGAAUGUUGCGGCCACGAUUAAAAUGGAAAAUCUGCAACUUGUGGCUUCGCAAAUUAUGGGUCCUGGUGUCAGUGGACCGCCUCUUUUGGCCUUUGGUUGUGACUGCAGUUUACAUGCCUGUUGGGCCUUGGUUUGUAGGGGAAGUUAUAGAGAAUCACAUUGGAGUUGUGUUUGCCUGGGGCAUCUUUGUCAACAGAAGUUACCUACCAGGUUCAUUAACAUAUGCAUAUGGCUUUUUCCAGAUGUUGACCUUUCAGUUCCCGCUUAUCUUGGCCGUUGCACACUGUGUUGAUUUUAGGUUUUGGUCGCUGUACGUUGACCCGCUGUGCAGUUUUCCUCGCUACCUCUGCCGCCAUGUGUGCCCACUGCUCAUUGUUACCAUGCAGAUGAUCACUGCUUACUUCUUCUGGCUAGCAUACGGAACCAUGGCUCUCUUUUUGGGUCCAUUGCGCACUUGGUCAGCAAUAUUGGGGGUUAUAUUGUGGUAUCAGGCCACAACAGCUCAUAAAGAUAUAUUAAGGGAGGCUGCUCAGGUGUGGGCACCUCAAGCUCUAGACUGGGAGGAGGAAGACAAAAAUGAGAGUCAGGCACACAUGUCUCAGAGCUCCCUGUGAGGCUAUCAGUAUUCCAUACAUAGUAUGGGGUAAAUAUAUUAUACCAUUACUUCAUAUUUAUUUGUCUUACCUCUUGGGUAAGAAAGCACAAAUGUAUAAAGCUAAGAUAUCUUCCCUUUCCUAUAUUAAUAUUUAUAUCAAUAUUAAUAUUAAUAAUCAAGAUGCUAAUGAAAGCUAUAUAUACUCUAGGUCAAGAGAGUAUAAACUAUAAACUAUUGCUUACUUAGGCCAGUGCCCAGCAUUUUAUUCUUAUUUAUACCAUUUUAUGCCAAAGAGAUUAUCAGGUUGUACAGUAGUAGUUACUAUUCACAAAACUCAUUGUGAGAAAUGUGCUGCUUAAUACUAAGAAAACCCUUGACUUCUUUUUGGGGUCAAAAUAUAAAUAAAGUCUUAUGAACUAUUUAAA